AGAAGAAGGAGAAUUAAUGGAGAAGAAGGAAGAGCAAGAAACCAUUGACAAUGGAGGAAAGAUCAGUAUACAGAUAUCUUCAUCUCAUGCUGAAACAGCAAUGGUAACCACCAAACGAUCAAAUAGCAAUCUAGCCAAGCUCAUUUUCUCCGGUCAUCUCCUCGCCGUCGCCAUCUUCAUAACCUUCCUUUCCUUUCGUGGCUUCCUCGAGGCCCCCGGCUUUCGACCGACACAUUGGUGCAUUCCCCUUGCCGCCUCCAUCGCCGUCUCGGCCUUCACCGCUAUCUCAUUACUCUUCCUCUCCCUUCACCACCCUUCAAUAGCUCUCAAAACCUCUCUUUGGCUCAGUCCCCUCUUCACCACCUUCACCGGAAUCCUCCUCUUAGCCACCGGCACCGGCAUAGGCCUCAUCUUCGCAGCGUUCACCCUCACCGGAGCUCUAUCCCUCUCCCUAUACUCAUGCUCCAUCGCCACUCACCUCAAACACACUAAUCAAAUCCUUACCAUCUCCAUCACCACCGUCCCUCCAUCCAUCAAGAUCACAAAGUUCAUCCUCGCCGGACUCUUCACAGGGCUCAUUUACACUUGGUUCUGGUCUCUCGGCGCCGGUGGCAUCUCAGCCAAAGGCUCUCCUUUCGCCGGAAUAUACAUCCUAGUCCUCUUCCUCAGCUUAGCAUGGACCAUGAACGUGAUUAGAAACACCAUGCACGUAGCCAUAUCCAGGAUUGCAUACAUGCAACUCAUGCAUGGCUUGGACGUGGACGUGACCCAGGCUUUCACUGACGCCGCCACCCGGUCACUCUCCACAAUCUGCUUAGGUUCAGCAAUGGUUCCGGCGAUCGGAACCUUCCGAGGAAUGGCCAGAGCCAUGGCGGCUAUAGCCGGCGGCUCUGAUGAGUUUCUUUUUUCAUGCACAGCUUGUUACAUCAAUCUUGCUAAUUUGUUAGUACCAAGUGGAAAUUUGUGGGCUUGUGUUCAUGUUGGAAUUCAUGGCAAAGGUUUUGUGCAAGCUUCCAGGGACAUUUGGGAGAUGUUCAUCAAACAAAAGAUGGUGCCGGUGAUUGAUCAGGAACUCACCGGAACGUUUUGCUUCCUCUCCGGCAUUGCCGGUGGCGCAUUGUCGGCGUUGAUUGGGGGAUCACUGAUGCUUGCCGUUGAGAAGAAGUAUGCCACUGAAGGCAUUGUUUGCGCAUUUUUCGUCGGCUAUUUCAUUGUAAGAUUAGGGACUGCAUGGGCUCAUGCUUGUGUUUUGGCUUACCAUGUUGCUUUUGCUGAGAAUCCAGGUAAUCCAAGGCUUGGUCUGGCAAUGUCUGAAUGUCUCAAGGAGUUGGAAACAUCACCAAGAUGAGUUACUAAUGCAAUGCAGUUUGGUUACUGGAUAGACUGAUUGAGAAAUGUUUAACAAACUCUUUUCAUGGGAAAACUUGAUUCAUAUCCAUGUAUGUUAUGAUAUAUGUUGUGUGUUUUUUUUUAUAGUUUUUUUUUAAGGAUAUAGAGCAAGUAAAAGGGUUGAGAUUGUUGUGUAAGUAGUGGUAAUAAUUUCAGAUCUAUAUGAUCAUUGAGCAACAUGGGAAAAGAGAGGGAAAGAGAAAUGAUACUGAUGCAAUGAAGUAGUGAUCACAUGCUAAGAAAGUAAAAGACUGUGAAGCAUUGCAAAUCAUAAA